AUGCCGAACACCAAGAAGGCAUCUGAUGGCGAGACUCUGGAGCAACGCCUGAGCCAUUACCUUCGAGCGAAGCAGAACCGCACACAAGUCCUGUUGGCAGAUGACCAGCGUAUACGUGACAGAAUCAACGAGAUUCAGGCCGAGAAGAUGUUACUCGAGGAUGAAUGUAUGUUGCUCGAGGAUGAGCUUGAAAGUAAUCUGAGGCAACGUCUCGAAGAUCCCGAGGGAGAGCCACUUCUGCAGGAGCUGAUGGCAGUGGAGCAAAGCAAAUGUCGUCCGGUAUGCGAAGCUAUGCAGCUGAAACUGCCACGCGAAAUUCGCGACAUGAUCUAUGAGCAAGUUGUGGGCCCCCCAGCCUGGCACAACGGCAAACAUACCGUGCCUGUGGUAGCAUCGAAGGAUCUCGGUGUCUCGGACGCAUUCAAGCUUGUCAGCAACAGUAUCGGUCCGUUGGCCAGCGGCGGAUAUGACCAUUUUGGCGAGGCCACACGGCAAGAGUUGGCGGAGUACUGGUACACAAGAAGUACAUUCGACUUCGGCACAGACUUGCACCUCAUCAAAGCCUUCCUCAACGGAGUUGCUGCCGGUACUAGUUGCAAAGCUCUUGAGAUAGUCCGCCAGCUGGAGAUUACAAUCGACUGCAACGACGAGUUCGAGCCGGAAACCGAGCGACUUCUGACCAGUGCUCUGGCGGAUCUUACACUACGGAUCCAGCCGACACGGUUACGAAUUUACUUACACGACAUACAGGGGGUUGUGCGCUACAAUGACGACCGGCUUCUGAUCUUACUACACAAUGUCAGGCAACUGCUUCCGGACCUUCCUGGUUGGACGAUCGAAUUCGUUGUGCACAUGGUCACGAAUGACUGUCGAUUAUCGCGAGGAUGGCAAGGAUAUGCAUUCGAAGAUAUCAUACCAGGGCAUCACGUCAACCUGAUGAUACCUGGGAAUACAGGUAUGUCACUCGAUGAGUGGUCGGAUAGGUUCAGACAAGUAAGUGAUGAUCUUACCGUGGCAUCACUAUGCAAGCUGACUUUGGAAACGCAGCUUCGGAAGGAGCUUGAACAGUACUACGACGAUACACUGCACGAAGCAGACGACGAAGACGAAGAAGAGAAUGAGGAUGAGGAAGAAGACGGUACUGAUGACGAGCGCGACGAAUACAUGCCUCUUGAUAGAGAUGAGCUUCUUGAAAUCGAGAAAGAGGCGCUGAAAGGUGCGAGUAAGACCGAAAUGAAGCAGAAAGCGCUGGACCUCCAGCGGCAGACAUUGCGAGAUCGCGAACACCUCCUGAGAGAAGAAGCUCAUACCGACGGUAUCAAGGCGGCCGAUGCGCUCUCAGCAUUUGCGCAGGCUGACUGCUUGGAGCUCUGCACCAAAGUCCAGAACGCUUUUCCCCGCGAGAUUCGGGACAUUAUCUACAGCUACAUCACUGGUGACAAGGACGUCUCCAUCACUUGCGAUGUGCCCUGGUGCCACACUUGCGAUUGGCACUCUCAUUCUUCGAGGUCGCUUUCGAGUUGCGUUCCGGAGUACGUCAAAGCAGCUCAUUGGUGGAAGCGCGAGUACAUGGGGGCACAGAUGGUACGAGAGAUCGGCGAGAACUACUAUCGCUCUUCUCACUUUGUCUUUGAACCCAUCAUCUCCAAUGUUGUUCCAUUCCGCUCCGUGGACCACCUGGGUCUGGGCUUCAAACCGGUAGAUUUCAUCUCAGAUGUGGAGAUCACGAUCAAUUGCCGCGACUACAGGUUUGAGCCCAUGGACCGCGAAGGCAACAGCAUUUCCACCGACAUACAUGCAAGAUCUGCAGACUCUGAGACCGGCUGGGGAAAUGCGCGUCAUAGAGAGGUGCCAGACCGUCUUCUCAUCGAGCUAGAGUCGCUCUUUGGUUUCAGACACGGUACUGCGAUCACCAUCAAUCUCGUAUCCAAGCUUUGUGAGAAGGCUACCUUGCUUGAGCAGCAGAAGUGGAUGGCGCAUACUGUCGUUCCAGUCAUCUUCCCAGUUCUCCAGCGACUCAAGGAUGCUGGUUGUCGAAUCCGCAUACUUCUCUCUGCUAAGGAAGAGUGGUCAAAGAGAUCAUUCACGUCCAAGUGGAACCCUAAAUCUUCGGAAGCCAUCAGCCAGGACGUCCAGGAGUAUGUCAAAGUUGAACAGGACCGCCUGUCGCAAGAUGAGCUAGGGUUUACCGUUGUUUCUGACGAAGAGUCGGAAACUGGUACAGCGUCAAUAUGGGACGCCACUGCUUUCGCUGGGGAAGAGGUCACAUCUGACAAUGCCGACGAGGCAUAG